AUGAGUCUUUACCGAGUUCUGCAUACGAAGCAUGCGGUAAAGCAGCUUAAGGGGAUCUGCAGUGGCGCGGAACGUGAGGAAGAGGAAGAACAACGGGAAGAUGAUGCGGAGGUCACGCGAAUAGAAGGGAUUCUAGAAGACGAAGCUCACGACAAUGGUAGCGAGAAGGAGCCGACUGGGCAUCUUCCACCGGGUAAAGCAAGCUCUAAAGGUAUCUGGGAUCUCCUUGUGCCAGCGGUGGAGAAGAUUCAGCAAAAGGCAAGUCGCAAGUGCCAGGAUCUCAGCGCUGCUAUCGUCGUGGAAGAAGAAGACGACGACGAUGAGGACGAAGAAGAAGAACAAGCCGAUGAAGUCGACGACGAAGACGAGACUAGGAAGAAAAGUCGAAAACGACGGGCAUCAGAACUGAAGUCUGCAAGACUAAAGCCCUUAGUGGAACCUGAUGGAGUAGACUUUUUCGAUCGAAAAAGGCUGGGCGCCAAGAAACUUCACGUAUCGGAUUGGAUGCAUCGAGUGCUAGCGAUGAUCCCUCAACGGCUUCAAGGGCACUUGUUGUUAAUGGUGUAUGCGGUGCUGUGGAGUUCCUCGAAUUCUGUGCUGCAACGAAACAGCUAUUGGGGAUUCUACAACUCUACAAACCGUGUGACGUUUUCAUUGCUGGAGACUCAACAGCCAGUUGGAUUCAACAGCUUGAGAUUGAGCAGCUCUACAGCGCCCAAGCAACGAGCGACACAAUACUGGGCAACACGGACUCUGAAAACUUAG